AUGGCGAGGAGCGCGCGGGACUGCCUGCUGGCGUGCCUGGAGAACCUGAACGAGGGCGAGAUGAGGAGGUUCAAGGCCAAGCUGAACGGGAUCCGCGUGCGCAGGGGCAACUCGAACAUCCCCCGAGGGGAGCUGCAGAAGGCGGAGGCGCUGGACCUGACGAACAUGCUGUGCAGCUUCUACACCGAGAAGUACGCCGUGCAGCUGACCGCCAAGGCGCUGAAAGCCAUCAACUGCAAGGACCGCGCCGAGGAGCUCCUGAUCGCCGCCGGGAACAGUAAGGAGCGGCUGGGGGGGGGGGGAGCAGCGGCCAGGGCCGUAGCUAGGGGAUCUUGCGCCCCUGGCAGAAGCGUCCCAAACUAGCCACGGAGAAAUCAGCGCCUCUUUCCGCCUCUCCUCCGACCCCUCCACCCUGCACCCAUUCAAUUCCUCAGGCACUUCAGCUUGUAAUGAAUUCUUUCACAGACAAUCCAAUAUUUAAAAUAUUAUUUCUUAAUAAAAGGUUCUUGGGCGCUGCAAAGGACCCUCCAGCGAAGCCAGCAGGUAGAGGCCCUUCCUGCCUGGUGCCCGCUCCCUUUCGACUCCCCUGAGCCCCGGAGAGCCCUCCUUCACCCCCCCCCCAGCCCAUUAGGAGCGCGGCCAAAAGACCGCUCCAACUUUCGUUUCAUCUGCUUUUGAAAGGGCGUUGCCGGAAGAUUCCUCUGAACGGCCAAGGCCACCCUCCCAGUUCGACGGCUCAGUGGCGGGGACCUCUGCUUACGGAGCAAAGAGGCGGUGGGUCUGCCUCCACUCCCCGAGGGCUCUGGGUCAGUCGGGUUCCCAGGGCAGCUGUGGGCCAGCCUCCACCGCCCUUUUUCUCUUUCUUCCUCCAGCGCUGCUGCGGGCGCGACCAGCCGGGAAAGGACGCGCAGCCCAGAGAGGACGCGCAGCCCCCCGAGGAUCGCUAGCAGCCCAGAGAGGACGCGCAGCCCCCCGAGGAUCGCUCGCAGCCCAGCGAGGACGCGCAGCCCCCCGAGGAUCGCUCGCAGCCCAGAGAGGACGCGCAGCCCCCCGAGGAUCGCUCGCAGCCCAGAGAGGACGCGCAGCCCCCCGAGGAUCGCUAGCAGCCCAGAGAGGACGCGCAGCCCCCCGAGGAUCGCUCGCAGCCCAGAGAGGACGCGCAGCCCCCCGAGGAUCGCUCGCAGCCCAGAGAGGACGCGCAGCCCCCCGAGGAUCGCUCGCAGCCCAGAGAGGACGCGCAGCCCAGCGAGGACGCGCAGCCCCCCGAGGAUCGCUCGCAGCCCAGAGAGGACGCGCAGCCCCCCGAGGAUCGCUAGCAGCCCAGCGAGGACGCGCAGCCCCCCGAGGAUCGCUCGCAGCCCAGAGAGGACGCGCAGCCCCCCGAGGAUCGCUCGCAGCCCAGCGAGGACGCGCAGCCCCCCCGAGGAUUGCUAGCUGCCCAGGAAGGAUUCUCGGAGUUUCUGGGCGAUGGGAGCCUCUCGCCGCCUCCGCAGAGCAGGAAACGGUGCUAGGAGUGAAUCUGCUCCGCCGGGAGACCGAUUGUGCGCCCCCCUGGCCUGCACCUUGGCCGUGA